UAUUCAAUCUCUCUUUGCUUACGUUUUGCUGCUUCGUAAUAUUGAAUUGAUCCCCAGCCCCCACGGGCAGAGACAACAAUGAUUCUUUCCCCCGAGAGACUCUUGUUUUCCUGAUAUUUCUCUUAAAGUGUUAUUCAAGUCUCCAAUUCUGCUUUUGAAGAGGGUCUUCAUGUCUAUCUGGACUCCUAUUGCAUGAUCUCAUCUGCCUAAUGAAAGCAAUUCCCUUUCUGGCGUUCCGCUUGAAGCUUACCUCUUCCUUGCAACUUUGAAAAAGCAACACUUUUCACCUGCUGCUGGAGGUCUAAGAAAGAGCCAGGGAAAUGAAUGCCACCUCCAGAGAUGCUGAGGACUACCAGGGGAACUAUAAGCCAAAGAUGGAUGAAGAGAGAGCUCAGCACCCAGAAGAAGAAAACAGAGAGGAAAGGAAAUCACCAGAGAUGGCCAAGAAAACGCAUGGUGACAGAAUGAAAGCGAUUAAAAUCUUCAUGUGGAAUCCAGAGACAAGGGAAUUUAUGGGCAGGACAGCUCACAGCUGGGGCCUAAUAUUCCUAUUUUAUCUAGUUUUUUACCUUUUCUUGGCUGGAAUGUUUGCAGUUUGUCUGUAUGUAAUGCUGCUUACCCUGAGCCCAUACACACCUCGGUACAGGGACAGAGUCGCUCCACCAGGAGUUAUGAUUAGACCACACAUCAAUCAUUCAUUCCUCAUUUCUUUCAAGAUGUCAGAUCCCCAAACAUGGCAUCGUUAUGUGGAAAACUUAAAGAAGUUCUUAGAAGCUUAUGAUGACAAUGUUCAAGAAGCCAAAAAUGCAGUGUGCACACCUGGUGAUUAUUUCAUUCAAAAUACUGAAGAAUCUGCCAUGAAACGUGCUUGCCAAUUCAAGCGAUCCAUGUUAAAGAACUGCUCAGGGCUGGUGGAUGAGACUUUUGGCUACUCUGCGGGACAGCCGUGCAUCUUGCUGAAGAUGAACCGAAUCAUUGGCUAUCGGCCUGGUUAUGAGACUCCAGUGACAGUGGAUUGCAAAAUGCAGAAAGGUAAUGAAAGUGCUAUCGAAGCAAUAGAUUUUUAUCCAAACAACACAUUUGAUCCAAUGUACUUUCCUUACUAUGGCAAACUAACACAUGAGAACUACACAUCCCCACUGGUGGCCAUGCAGUUUACUGUCAGAAAGAACCUCUCCGUUCCCAUUCAGUGUCGACUGAAUGGGUUCGGCAUCAUCAACAAUGCACAGAAUGAUCGAUUUUUAGGACGAAUUACUUUCACAUUGACAGUCACUGACUAAACCAGAGAAGCCCCUAUUAGUGGAAAAUGGCCAUUAACAAAUGACUGGAAAGUUCAAGCUUGUUCUAGAGGACUAUUUACAUUUUCUUUUCUUUUUUUAAGCCCUAAAAUAAUAACAUUUCCUAAAUUUUAGUGUAUCUAAAAGUCUGCCUCCAUGUCCACAUUCCCCAAAAGUGGCAAUGGCCUCUCUAAGUACAACUUCUCAGGACUGCUUUGGUGCACAGAAAGGCAGUCAAAGUGGUUCCUUAUUUCCCUCUGCAGACUCACCAUAGCCCAAGUCAGGGGUUUCUUGGGAAUUUUGCAAUAUCCUUUACUUUCCUAUUGGCUUCUGGUAACCCAAGAGAGGCAAGAUGGGGCUUAAUCAACGCAACUGGGAGGUUUGUCAACAUGCUUUUACUUGCUGCAUAUGCUUUGGAUGAGUUGGCCCAUAAAUAAAAAUAAAUAAAUCUCUA